AUGGAUAUAUCAGCUGGGGUGGCCAGCUCCAAAAGGUCUGCAGCUCCGUACAUCGUCGAGCCUCUCUCGGCCCACACGCACAGUUUAAUCUUACUCCAUGGCCUGGGGUCCAACGGAAAAGAAUUCGGCUCUGAACUACUCAAGACGGGCCUCAGCUUUGACGGCCAUAGCUUAUCGCAACUACUUCCGGGCGCGCGAUUCAUUUUCCCAACAGCAAAGCGACGUCGCUCAAGCGCCUUCAGUCGCUCUAAAUUGACGCAAUGGUUCGACAUUGCGUCUUUGGAUGAUCCAUCCUAUAGGCAGUAUACCCAACUUGAGGGUCUCGAGGAAUCGCUUGACGAGGUGCUUGAGCUGCUUAGUGUAGAGGUAGGCAAAGUCUCGGCACAGAAUGUUCUUCUUGGAGGCCUCAGCCAAGGCAUGGCAAUGUCUGCCAUUUGCUUGCUUUAUCUGGAAUUUUCUUUGGGAGGGUUUAUUGGCAUGAGUGGAUGGUUGCCUUACAGCAAAGACCUGCAGCAAGUCUUGAAUGAGGAUGCUGAGAAUGAUCCGUUUGGUGACGAGGACCCUUUCGAUGUCCCUGAUAGCAGAGAAUCGGAAGAGCAAGAACCAAUCCACAAAGCGGUGGAUUUUAUUCGGGAUCUGCUUGGAGGUGACCGCCAGGCUCUAUCGCGGAAUGCGCUUGCAACGCCCGUUUUUCUUGGGCAUGGCAUGGUCGAUGAGAAGAUUGUCCCCGACUUGGGAGAGAACGCAUGUGAUACCUUGCGAGAAAUUGGAUUUAAGGUCUUGUGGAGGACUUAUCAGGACCUGGGACAUUGGUACAAGAUUCCUGAAGAGAUCGAUGACAUUCUAGCUUUCAUGCGUACCGAGAUGAAGUGGCCAGUAGGGAACAAUUAA